AUGGCUGACACUGCUAUCGCGGCGCCGGAGAUACAAGGAGACAAAGUUAUGGCAGUUGAAAAAGGAAAAGCGAGAGCUAUGUCUCCAGGUCUGGUCAUGAACGAACUAUUGGGACCCCAAACAACCACAGAAGAAGACAUCGAGAUGCUUUACGGAGACUUGCAUUCAAAGAGAGACUGGGCCGUGAAUAAUGAUUCAUUUGGGACUUUCUUUGGCUUUCCUGAUGUCGGCGAAAAGAACUCAAACACAGCGGCACCCCUUCCCGAGAUAUACGAUUUUGAACACCACACACAAUUCUCACCAACAUACUCUCAUCUAUCACCUGUUUUAUCGGGAACUACUCAAGCUCAUGAGUCGUGCAACUAUAACGGAAGUGGUGAAGAGUUGAAAGCUCUUCCCGACGAGCCUAAGAACAUGGAAAUUAGUGGGAUGAACCUCAUUCUACAUGAAGAUUUGGCGGAAGCAUGGAACUCACACUGGGAAGAACAUUCCAAGCAACAGCGCGAACAAAAUCGGCUCUUGGGAGAAACGAUAUCAUCAGAAUUGACCCAACCAAACGAAGAAAUGUUGGAUAGAAGGGUCGAGGAGGAAAUGUCAGUACAGGAGAAUGUGUCUCUUCCCCCUGCUCCUCCCACCCCUGAACCUGAAGUUAUGAGUGUCGAAGAAGAUGUAGAACAUGCUCCCGUACAAUUCAACCACGAAGUUUGGGAGGUUACUGGAUUCGAGAUGAGAAUGUCCGAGCGAAAAAUCUAUUACAAGGUAACAAAGACAUACCCAGAUGGAAGGAUACAAUAUUGUACUCAUGUGGAGAGACGACUUCUAAGGGUACCAAAAGGGAAAGAAGCUCAUGACCGCUGGUGGAGCAACAACCCAAACGUCAAGGAUCAUAGAAUUAAGAAGUAUUUGAGGUUUACGGCGACAGAGGGUAGCCAGGCUAUGAGACGACCAUUGUCAUUUGAAUAG